GAGAGGCAUUAAGGCUGGGAGACCCAGGCCAAUCCCAGGCUGCAUUCUAAUGUGGCCUAUCUUUAUCAAGGUGCCACUCCAUUUCCAGAUACUGCUUAUUUAUGACUUCUGAGGAGAGAGCCGGCGGCCGGCAUGUGUCUUUAGGAUAACACUGAGAAUCUGUGUGCGGAAGGGCUCGCCUGAGACGUCAGAUAUGGGAUUAUCAGAGACCACACUGGGGCUGAGAAGAGGUGAAGGGCGGUGAAGAGUGAAACUGCUUUUUCUGAUGUGGUAGCAACUUUGGCAAACACCGGGGACUUUGUUAGAAUCAGUGCUCUUAAACUGUUUGAAUAUCUGGGGACGGUGGGAGUGAUCCCAGAUCCAAGACAUCGCCUGUGGGUGAGAGAACUCCCUGUGGGCCCGUCAGAGGUCCUCUCCUGCCUGGAUCUUACUGGAUGUGUGACUGAGACCUGGAGGCAGAGUCACAGUGCUCCACAUGGAUCCAAACAUCCAGGGGUCUUUCCUGUUCAACAACAGCCUGAACCAAUUCCCCUCGGAGCUCAAGGCCCCAGUGUGCCAGUACUCGGUGCCCAACUCCUUCUACAAGCUCAACCCGGGCCUGAACAGCCAGCUGCAGGCGGGGACGCCCCACGCCAUCAGCGACAUCCUGAGCCGCUCCAUGAUGGGGAUGGGCUCCACGGGCACCACCGCCCUGCUGUCCGGCUACUCCGCCAUGGGGGGGUUCAGCCCCUCCGUCACAGGCACAUCCAUGUACUAUAACCGAGACUACAACUCCUCCAUGGGCGGCUUCUCCAAGCCCGGCCCGGAGUGCCCCAUGAAGGGUCGCAGCGUGAGCUGCUGGGCGGAGAGCGGCUGCGACUGGAGAGCAGGGAGGCAGCAGUGCACCAACAGUAGUGGUCCUCUGGGGGAGAUGACAGGCAGGAAGAAACACACCAGACCAACAUUUAGUGGACACCAGAUCUUUGCUCUGGAGAAAACCUUCGAGCAGACCAAGUACCUGGCCGGGCCUGAGAGAGCCAGGCUGGCUUAUUCUCUGGGCAUGACUGAAUCACAAGUCAAGGUGUGGUUUCAGAACCGACGCACCAAGUGGAGGAAGAAGAGCGCGUCUGAGCCGAGCUCCACGCAGACCAGCCUGGCCGGGCAGAGCGGCGAGGCCUCGGACAACGAGGUGGAGGACGAGGAGUACAACAAGCCUCUGGACCCGGACUCUGACGACGACAAGAUCCGACUGCUGCUGCGCAAACACCGCAGGGCUUUCUCCGUGCUGCGUCUCGGACCACACCACGUCUGACACACUUCCUGCCAAUUACACACACACACACACACUGCAGACCUGCAUGCUGUAAUGAAAGUUAUUAGUUUUGAAUACGAAGUUGAAUUAUUUAAGCAUGUUUGAGAAGAGGUCAUAAGAGCAUCAAAGGGGACAAAAAUGAAGCUUAAAAAAAAAAGAUGUUUACUUUUAUAAGUUACUGUAUCUCUGGCCUGUUUCCAUGUUACACUGGUAUGUACCAUUUUUGUAAAAACACAAGAAAAUGACGUUAUAAAAACUGCAUGAUGCUAUUGGUAAUAACACUAAUAAAUAAUAAUAAUAAAAAAGAGAGGAACCUGAAAGUUAUUCAUGUGUUCAGCUGUUUGUGAUUAUUUCGUGAUUUGAAUUUUCUA